CUCUCUGUAAUCAACCUCUCACUGUCUCUAUCCUUAGCGUUUAAAGUUUUAAACCCCCCUUAAUGCAACCAUAUAUCUCUCUUCACUCUCUCUCUUCGGAGAAUAAAGAUAAUACAUGUGCUGAGAUAAACGCUUUCACGCUCAGACCUCUUUCUCUGGUUUUUGCUGCGGAUCUCUGAUGUCGAGCAAUCACAUUGGUUGGAACGGGGAAGCAGUGGCAGCGCCGGUGCUGACCUCGUCCUCUUCGUUCAGGGCUCGAACCAAGAAGCCCAACGCCGCCGCCGCCGCCGGUGUCUUGUCAAGAGCUGGCUCCGACGCUGAUGACAUCAUCACCUUCUUUCAUGGCUCCGAUCCCGUCCGCGUCGAGCUCAACCGCCUCGAGAACGAACUUCGAGAUAAAGAUCGGGAAUUGGGAGAUGCACUUGCAGAAGUCAAGUCCUUGAAGAACUCGGAGCGCCUCAAAGAGAAGGCCGUUGAAGAGCUUACAGAUGAGCUGAAGAAAGUGGAUGAGAAGCUGAAAGCAACCGAAGCUCUUUUGGAGGGCAAGAACCUUGAGAUCAAGAAGAUAAAUGACGAGAAAAAAGCUGCAUUGGCUGCACAAUUUGCUGCUGAAGCCACACUUCGAAGAGUGCAUGCUGCACAGAAGGAUGAUGAAAUGCCUCCCAUUGAGGCCAUUAUAACUCCACUAGAGGCAGAGCUUAAGCUGGCCAGGCUGGAGGUAGCAAAGUUGCAAGAUGACAAUAGAGCGCUUGAUCGGCUUACCAAAUCCAAAGAGGCUGCUCUUCUCGAGGCUGAGAGAACUGUUCAGAUUGCUAUGGCUAAAGCAUCUUUGGUUGAUGAUCUGCAAAACAAAAACCAGGAGCUAAUGAAGCAGAUUGAAAUAUGCCAGGAGGAGAACAAAAUCCUCGACAAAAUGCAUCGGCAGAAGGUUGCGGAGGUUGAAAAGCUAACCCAAACUGUUCGCGAGCUUGAGGAGGCUGUUUUGGCUGGUGGUGCUGCUGCUAAUGCUGUGCGCGAUUAUCAACGAAAAGUGCAAGAGAUGAAUGAGGAGAGAAAAACUUUGGAACGGGAGGUAGCUCGUGCAAAGGUUACUGCAAAUCGUGUUGCCACUGUGGUUGCAAAUGAGUGGAAAGAUGCCAAUGACAAAUUGAUGCCAGUUAAGCAAUGGCUUGAGGAAAGAAGAUUUUUCCAGGGAGAAAUGCAACAGCUCCGAGAUAAAUUGGCAGUAGCUGAGCGGACUGCAAAAGCAGAAGCGCAACUUAAAGAAAAAUACCAAGUGCGAUUUAAAGUUUUAGAGGAAAGGCUUAAAGCAUCCAAUGGUAAUUCCCGCAUUGCUUCCGAAGGAAGAAGCACAAGCAAUGGGUCUUCAAGGCGUCAGUCUCUAGGUGGAGCAGAGAAUUUCUCUAGAUCAUCCUCCAAUGGGUUUUUAUCAAAGAGAACACCAAAUUCACAAUAUGGGACUCUCAGAUCUAAUCAUGCGAGCACAUUAUUAAAGCAUGUUAAGAUCUCAUCUAGAUCGUUUGAUGGUGGUAGUAGAUCCCUGGAUAGAGAUAAGUUGAUGCCAGUUGCAGGUGUGAAUGAUAAUGUGCCCACCAAUAUCAGUGAUGAGACCCUAAUUAGUGAAACGAAUGGUACUUAUGAGGAGAGUGCAAAUGGGACUCCAAUUGAGAAAACCAACCCAGAACAUGAAGAUUACGUUUCUGGAAUACUGUAUGAUAUGUUACAGAAAGAGGUCAUAUCUCUGAGAAAAGCUUGCCAUGAGAAAGAUCAGACACUCAAGGACAAGGACGAUGCAAUUGAGAUGUUGGCAAAGAAGGUUGAUACAUUGAACAAAGCAAUGGAAAUUGAGGCCAAAAAGAUGCGAAGAGAAGUAGCUGCCAUGGAAAAGGAAGUUUCUGCUAUGCGUGUCAGCAAGGAGCAUGAUAUGAGAGCUCGGCGCGUAAUUGGUCCCAGAGGUGGAGCUGUAAAUAGUUCUCAUUUAACUUCUGCGAGGAAUGCUGGAAACUCAAUAGGCAACUGAAUCGAGUUCGUGACGAAAUUGACCAGAAAAGGAAUCCUUUAAGUUCCGGGGCCCUGCAGUCUAUUAUAUAUAUAUUUUGUAUGGUUUUGUCUUUAUUUUUUGUCCUUCUACCACUCCCAUAUAUUUAUACUGUAUCAGCCGAGUGGCCAAGAUGUAAAGAACUGACAGUAGAUUUUCCAGGAAUUCAUCCUGCCCUGUAUAUGUGCUCUACUACUAAUGUUAUUCUGAAGUAAUAUAUAAUUAAGUUCAAGGGUGCCGUGAAAUCUCCCGUAAA